GGCCGACCAGGAACUGCCGGCCGAGCCGAUGAAUCAGCAAAUCGGAAUCGAAACAUGACUGCCAAUAUUGCCAUAUAUGGAAGCCGCGUCGCUGGUCCUGGUCGCUGGGGGUGGUCCGCAUCGGCCGCCGAAAGGAGGGGAGGAAGGGCCUCGCGACGAAGCCGCAACGCAUCGCAGCCGACCGACGCACGGGCGCCAGGACCAUCGAGCCAGCAGGCACCCGACCCUUGCCCUCGACGAACGCACGCAAGCACGCAAGCAUGCAAUCUGUGGCGAUGGAAAGCAGCAGCCGCUCCCCCGUGGAGGCUUAUCUGCAGGAGCUUGAUCGGGAAUCGCGGACAUGCAAGGACCGCAGCCCGAGCGACUGGAUCGCCAAAUACCAGUCCAUCCUGAAUACACUGCCGGUAUCAAAGUACGGCGACGAUCCCGGAUUCAUGGAUAUCAAUCUCCGAUACAUCCAGCUGCAGAGGCAACACAAGGGCGAGUUUGCGGCCAUCCGCGAGCUUUUCAAGAGUCUCAGGCGAGCAGAGGUGAAGGGCACCAAGGAGGCAAGAUUCUAUCUUGCAUGGUCGGAUUUUGAGCACGCCGAAGGCUCGUCCAAACAGGGCAAAUCGAUCCUGAUGACGGCCCUCGGCAACGUUAUCGAAAGCGAAAGAUACCUGAUUCGCGAGAGAAUCCUGUCGCUGGGCUACGAGCUCCCGUCGACGCCGGCCGCCAGCGACAUCUCGCCGCCCGAUCGGCAUCUAGCCAAGGUCGACAGCGGCCUUGAUUUUAUGUUUCCAGAGCCAUCACUAUCAUUUGGGUACGAUAGAUACGAUGUGAAGGAUCUGGUGGAUCUGGAUCCCGAGCGCACCGCAGCGUCGGGAACGUAUCCUGGACUACCUGACGAUCCGAGUGGAGACAUAGGCGAUCGGAUGGACACGAGCUACUCCAUCGCCGGACGUCCGUCGCCCACGCCCCAUCGGUCUCCCUCUGAGACAAUCAGGGCAAGCAGCGCCGCCGCAGUUUCGACUCGGACAGGACCCAACAGUCUAGCAAGCGACUUGGCAACAACAGGUCCGACCCGAGUGCCGACGCUUUCUGGGUCAGAGUUUUCGAAUCAGUCUGCAGCAGUUGUGCCGACCCUGUCCCGUGAGCAUGAACGCCAGCCCAAGGUCAGCGACGCUUCAUCGACAACAUCGACAACAUCGACAACAUCGACAACAUCGACAACAUCGACGGCAGCAACAGAGUGCAUGGAUAUCGAGACCAGCGCCGGGACCGCCAAACCAACCAAGCCAGCCAAGUCAGCCGUGCCCAGUGACGACACUGCGAAUCCAGGUGCUGUUCCUUGGGGCAAAAUGGCGGCAGUUAUCGAGAAAAUGUUCACUGGAUCGGAGGAGGCCGCCCCUGGUGCGGCGCUCAAGCGAGACCUCUUGAAAAAGGACGCCGAAUCUCGAGCAAGACUGCUCAAGCGUGGGUACCAGCGUCCUAAAUACGAAAUUCUCUCCAAGCUCGGUCCGCCCAAACGCUCAACAGACAGCGAUUUGCAGCAAUUUCAAGCUUCGGUCGAUCAGCCGCUUUCGCCGGGUCCCGAAUCGCCGCCGAUGGCACUGGAUAUGAGGCCAUCGAUAGAGCCUUACUCCUCCGUCAAUGCCCAGGCGGCGGUGGAGGAGCUACGGUCGUUUGAAAAUGCCGGUGUGAACGGACGCGACUCUGCGACAAAACAAGAGCUGCUGCGGAGCAACGAGCCUUCCAAACGAAUCGAAUCGCCGUUUCAAGAGCGCCAGCGCCCGGGAGCGAGGCCGAGACUGUCAAUCUCUCCGGUGGUGGCGGUGGCGAUGGAGACAACCGAUGACGAUGUUGCAAUGGACAUAUCCCCCACAGAUGAGGUGCCUCCCUCGUCACUACCGGCGCAGCCUGCAAACACAGGUCCCCAGACCUCAGUCCCCUCUGCUCCAGCACUCUAUGUCUCAGCGCCCUCGAUUCCGGCAGCACAGUCCGGUUGUAUCCAGUCCGACUCAAGGAAUCCCGCCGCACACAGUCCGACGACACUCGGUUCUCGUCAUCCCGAUCCUCCGAUACAAGGCUCGAGCGCCAAUAGAUCAGCGAGCCAAGGAUCAGCGGUGUCGCGCACGGCAAGCCAAAACUCCUCUGCACCAGAGCUUCAAAGCCGGAGGCCCUCUAUUCCCAAUCCGCCAGCGUCAUCUGAGUUCAGAAGCCCGCCCAAAUACUCGGCCGGAGAGGAGGAGCACUCGGAGCGCACGGUUGUGCCCUCGCAGCCUCAGGUGCUGCAAAGCAGCCCAGGGUUGUUCGGUGCAGGGGUUGGGGUUGGCGACGGGGGCUCGGCUGUGACGGUGCGCGCACCGGAGGCAGUUGUCUUCCAGGCAGCGCCGAUACCCCGGCCCGAGUUCCAUGGCUUUGGACAGCUGAAGCCCUUCUAUGUCAACCAGAAGCUGUUCCUCCGGAUCGAGGAGAUUGGACGUGGUGGCAGCUGCAAAGUCUUCAAGGUGAUUGAUCCCAAGGGCAAAGUCUUUGCGCUCAAGAAAGUCAAGCUGCGGGGAGUGGAUCCGAUCGUGAAGGAAGGGUACCUGAACGAACUGAAUCUUCUGGACAAGCUGCGCCACGCGGACCGCAUCAUUCGCCUCAUCGACGCCGAGGUGGUGCCGGAUCAGUACAUUCACAUGGUCCUUGAGUACGGCGAAUGCGAUUUUGCGUACAUUUUGGCUGGCGCCAAUGGCAAGCUCUCGCCCAGCAUGAUCAAGUCGUACUGGGAACAGAUGCUCCUGGCAGUUCACACUGCACACGAAGCAAGCAUUGUCCACAGUGACUUGAAGCCAGCGAACUUUUUGAUGGUAAAGGGAACACUGAAGCUGAUUGACUUUGGCAUCGCAAAGGCGAUUGCUAACGACACCACCAACAUCCAUCGGGAUCACCAGUCGCGGCGCGAGAUGGCAGAUGUACUGUUGCGAGCGGUGAGGGGCGGUACGGUCAACUACAUGUCACCCGAGGCCAUUACGUCGUCAGAGCGACGAGAUCAAGCCUGCUUCAAGCUCGGCCGAUCAUCGGAUGUGUGGUCGUUGGGGUGCAUCUUCUAUCAGCUUGUCUAUGGACGGCCACCGUUUGGACACCUGACGACUAUGGCAGCCAAGUUCAACGCAAUCAUCAGCCCAAACGUCAAGAUUGCGUUUCCGGCGAUCCCAUGCGCAUCCGGGCCGUUGAUGAUCGAGGUGAUGCAGGGGUGCUUGGAGCGCAGCCCCAAGGCCCGGCCGACCAUUCCGCAACUGCUGAAGCAUCGGCUGUUUGAGUGAGGACAUGUCGCUCGAAUGGAAUAGAGACGGGACUGAACGCACGGCCUGGACGCUGCUGCUGUUGGACGGCGUGAUAUUGCAUGGCUUUGAAGUGGCGGGCAUGGCUCUGAUAUGCAGCCGGCUGGUGCACCGGCGCAGGUGUGUGGCGUUUGCCAAGAGGCGGGGCCCUGGCGGACGC